AAUUAGUUUUUUUUUAUUUCUAUGCUGUAGAGUUUAACUUUAUGACCAGGAAUAUGUUACAUAAAUUUUUAAGUCUUUUAAGUAACUACAUGACAUCGGAACUAGUUAUGUUAACUGUCAACAUAUUUGAAUCGUUAGGGGUCAAAUGUACAUUAGUUUUAUUAACGUCAAAGUCGGAUAUCAAUACUGUAUUUAUAAUAAUAGUAAAUAGUACCCAUUAGUUUGGCUAGACUGAUUUGACGAUGACGGCUGUACAUGUACAUGUAGUGAGGGGAAUGACUCAAGCAGUUUUUACCAACACAGCAUUCAACAAUACAUCAUUCAACAACACAAUGUUCAAUAACAACACAAUGCUUAACACCAACACAUCAUUCAACAACACAACAUUAUAUGUAGUAAUUGAUCCUACAACAGUCAUAUUAAAGAGGCUGACGAGUUCUCUUUUGAUUGUUCUUCUUGCAAUCAUUAUGAUGUCGCUUGGUUGUACCAUUGAAGUAGAUAAACUGAUCCAACAGAUCAAAAGACCACUUCCAGCUAUAAUCGGAAUGGCAUUACAGUUUAUAGUCUACCCGUUAGUGGUUUUCGGUUUGGUGCAUGCAUUUCAGCUUGAUCAUUACAAUGCUCUAGGUAUGCUCCUACUCGGUACCUGUCCAGGAGGAAGUUUGUCGAAUCUGAUAACAUACUGGUGUUCCGGAGACGUUGUUUUAAGCGUUUGUAUGACGUCAUUGGCGACCACACUUGCUAUAGGUAUGAUGCCGUUGAAUCUAUAUAUAUACUAUAGCAGUUUCUCGUCUCAGUAUUUGACGAUUCCCUACGUAAAAAUAGCUACUGGCCUGGUCCUUAUAUUGAUACCAGUAUCUGUUGGAAUGCUUAUCCUCAGAAAAUUGCCGAAAGUUGCAGCAAUUGUUGUAAAUAUUGGAGGGGGCAUAGGAUUCCUCUUUAUCCUACUUGUUACUGGUAUCAACUUUUAUCUGUACCCACAGAUGUUUGACGUAGGAUGGAAGUUAUGGUGCGCAGCCUCACUGAUGCCUAUAUUUGGUCUGAUGAUCGGGUACCUAGGGGCAUGGGCAUGUUGUUUUACUCGCAAUCAAUGUCGAACAGUUGCUAUUGAAGUUUCAUCACAGAACGUUGCUCUGUGUUUGACAUUAAUUUUCGUGUCAUUCAAACUCGAGGAAUCCACAAAAAUUGCUAUGUUUCCUCUAAUAUUUGGAAUUUUUAAUGUCACAAUACUUGUGAUCUUUACAAUUAUUUGUAGAAUAGCAUUUAAACUUUCGAAGAAAAAAGACCCCAGUGAGAAGCAGGAAAAUGUAAACGAUAGCAAGCUAUGAUAUCGCUAUAGCUGUCAAUUCAGAUCUUUAUUUCUAACUUUAUCUAUUGUUGAUGUUCAUAUCAGCAGAAUUGUCAUUUAUUUACCGGUGCUUUAAUAUGUGAUACAGAUGGUAAAAUAAUUAAAAUAUAUAUUAUAUAUACAAGUAUACAUGCUAGCAUACUUUCUUACACAUACACUCUAUUCCAUACCCUUAUCUCUUCCCUUAUCUCAUUCUCUUAUCACGCACCCUAAUAGGUGUCAUACAACCAAUCACUCCCUCAAAUUUAGAACGUAAAAAGUAGGCCUACUCGGACCAAAAAUAGUGCAUUUGAUGUCAUUGUUCACCUAAUAAACUAUCAAACAAAUUUGCAGAAAUGAAACUUUUGUUGAAAGAGAAAAAAAAUAAGACUAUUUUGAGCCAAAUUUUACCUGUAUAGGAGUUUGCAUUUAGAAUUGAGGAUAAAUGCGCUCCACGGUAUACUAAUUUAAAAUUUCCACAAAACCGGGGGUUAUUUUUAGUGGUACUUCAUUUCGGGAGCUCUCUUCUUUCUCAUAUGAUUUUAAUGUAUGUUGAAAAAUGGCAUGCAGAAAGGUGACAACUGUACAAUUCAGGAUAUACAUAUAUACCUAGUUUCUAUGUAGUUAAACUUAAGGUAAAAUAUUUAGAAAGCUGUGAAAAUUGCAAAGUUUGGUUGAACAGAUAGGGACUUUUAAUUAGUGGUAUGACACCUAAUAGUAUACCGGAGUCGCAUAACACGAAUCGCUUAAUGUACUAGUGGCGGAUUUAGGGGGGGGGGCGUAGAGGG